GGGGCAGACGUGGCAGUCAUUUCUUUGUUGGCUAUCCUGCAACAAUUUUCGCUCGCCUUUCAAUGCAGUUUUCCCGUCUUUACCAGAUCACAACUUCGACCGACGUCCAUCCACCACACCAACCACCAUCGGUUUCCACCCUGCCAAAUCGAUACUUCUUCAUACCAUCACAAUGGCGGGAAUCAACAGUAUUUUGCAAACCUUUGAAGGUCUUGGAGAGGGCGAUCGAGCCGAAACCAUCAAAGUUCUGUCGGAUAUGAUGCGCGAAGGCACACCGCGUCAGCCCGCCAAGAAGAAGGUCAACGGCUUCAUGGGCUACCGAUCCUACUAUUCCUCCAUGUUCAGCCAACUGCCUCAAAAGGAACGAUCACCCAUCCUCACGACUCUCUGGCAGCAAGACCCAUUCCACAAGGAGUGGGACUUCAUGUGUGCAGUUUAUUCUGCGAUUCGCGAUCAGCUUGCCGAGCAAAAUGUGACUUUGCAAACCUGGAUUCAGUUUGCGGUUACUCCUCUGGGAAUCGCUCCCCGUACUGGCUACAUGGAAGCCCUUGGAUGGGUUCUCACUCGACUCGACGACGGUACUCAUACCUUGCAACGAAUGGACGUUCCGGACAUCAGACAUCAUCUUCAGCCCAUGAAUGGUCUCGGUCUCUUCCUCAGCUGUUUAAAUGGUGGCCUCCCGAUCUCCGAUCCGCAAAACAUUAUCUCUCAGCUUUCCGAUCCGGCAUUCGACGUCAUCUGUAUCAACACGCAAGUUCCCAAAAUUCCGGGCACCUUCGACACCAUGUCGAGCUUCCGACAGCUAGCAAAGCAGAAUCCAGCUUUGGCGAUGUCAUCACUUUUCCAAUUGCCGGAUACGGAUCAGUUGAUCGCUCAAGGAGUUGGCAUGUAUGAGUUCCACAGCGUCGUUAGUCAACCCGUUCAGAACCACGGCAUGCCGCCUACAACAGUGCCACCCAUGGAGAGCCACAGCCACGAAGAUAACAUGGAUUUCGCCAAGAUCAAUGAAGCGGAGCUCGAUGCAAUUCUUACGAUGUACGACACCAAUACCAAUGGAUACAUCGACCCAAAUAAGCCCCAGGGGUUCUGACUGGACAUUUCACCGACGAAAUGAAGAGAGCAGGAUCUCCCAUGGCGGAUAUUCCGACCGAGGGCGGGAUGUCAGGAACAAAGAUAACCAUCGCGGAUGGGUACAAGAGGACGGGAGAGCUUGGAACAAGGAAAAGGGGCGGAAGCUGAUCUUUUUGAUUCGUCGACGAAUGGCAUAAGGGAAUUGGCAAUUGGGCAUCACUUUAUUUUCUUUCACAUAAAGCUGCGAGCAGAGAUGGUCAACUACAUCAUCUUCCGGGGCUGCCGAGCAUCAUCACGGCAACGAGUGUUUGUUCUCGUCAACCUCAAUCUCAUGUACAUUAAUUAGUGUCUCCUUCCCCCUUCCUCCUCUAGAUAAACCCAUCAAACUUUGGCUCCGACCAAAACCAAAAAAAAAAAAAACCCUAUUUCUCGC